AUGUUUAGGACUCAGGGGAUAAAAAGAUGGACUAUGAAGAGGUUUUUAUGUUUUUCCAUCGGGACGGCAUCAACAAUAUAUUCUAUACUUCUCAUCCUAAUGUCUAUUCUUAUACUAACUCAUAUGUCACAUUACAAUGAAACAUUAUUUAUAGUAAUAUCAAUACUUAAUUGUAUUUGUGCCAUAUUAAUAUUUAUAUCGAUAGCGCACAAAAAUGCCUUUACAGCCUAUAUAGCAUACAAUAUAGUAGUAAUAAACUAUAUAGUGGAAGCCAUUGAAUGUUUAAUAUGUGUUUAUAAUAUAUGCACAUCUCAUAGUGUUCAGUGGUAUUAUGAUAAUUUUGAUUGGCAUAGGAAAAUAAUAUAUAAUUAUAAUAUGUACUAUGGAAUUUUGGAAAUGAUAGUUCAUGUAUUUAUGUUUACAAUUGCUUAUUUUGUUAUUCAAUUGGUAUGGAGCUUUUAUAGAAUUUUACAAGUCGGUGGAAAUAUUUUUUCUUUUCAAAGAGCAGAAGACAUUGAAAAAAUUUUACACGGGACUAACUAUUACUCUUACGGAACUAUGACCAACAUUCAGUCUUACUAG